AUGAGCUUCUCGUACGUCUCGGACGAUCCGUCGCGGCUUUCUGUUGAUGAUGUUCUCGGGCUUAUUGACUGGAAGGAGCUGGAGAAUGUGCUUUCCAGCCCCGACGACACCAGUCGGCCGCCCAUUCACGUCGAUGUGCCUAUGGACGUGGAACCUGUGGCAACGGAGCCCAAUGCCAAGCCCGCGCCACCUCGGCGAGCCCGCAAGUCCAGUCGCUCCAGCGCUGCGAAGACGCAGACCCCUACGGCAGUGCAGCAACCGACUGCUGCACCGUCGGCCGGACCGCCUGUCAAGAAGAAACGUAUCCGCCGUGAAAUCGUCGAGCUCAAGUUCCUGCGCGGUAAAGUCAAGGAGCUUGAGGAAGAAUUGCGCAAGCUGCAGCUCGGGUUCUCUACGUCGCCCAGGGCAGACGGUGAGCCGGUUCCGCUUGACGGACUCAUGCCGUCCGUGUGGACGUCUAUGGCUGGUCGCCAGCUAAAGGACCGUAUGCGAGCUGAACGUGAAAACCAGGAACUGCGAAAUAUGCUGCAAGAUCAGCUUAAGAUUGCUCAGGGUCUUGAAGAAACACUCAAACAACUGCCACCCAGCCAGGGUCUUGGCAAUCAGCCAGCGUCGAUACUUCCGCCAAACUUGUUUGGGCCGUCUAGCUCCGAAACCCUCGCAGAGAGCCUGACGCACCUGGAACGCUCUUAUUUAAGCGUGGAUGAGGCGUUCAAGACGGAAGGUGUGGACAACCUGGAGAUGGACAAACAUGAAAUCAAAGCCAUCCUCCAUCCAACAUACGGCACGUGUAUCCGCUUCACCACUCGGAUCGCAAUGCCCUUCAACUACGAGAUCACGAGUCGCGCAAUGUGGAGGUUCAUUACAGAAGAGGGACUCAUCUCGCUCGCCAGCUCCUUCAACAAAAUCUACACAACCAAGGACAUUCAAGCGCAUUGUUUUGCCAUCCGCUUGCCAGAUUCUGAACCUGCUAAAGACUAUUGGCUGAACCAAGUGGUCCGGAAGCACCUCGAGGCUGACCGGAUGGUUGUCGUGGGGCGAUCCACCGUCCACCCUUACGUUAAAGACAACAACCAUCCAACUGGUGUUUCGUUUAUUGACGAUGCAAGGGUCACUGUCAGUGAUUGCAGCGGCAACGGUGUCUCGCAGACCUGCGUCAAGGCCUGUGUGUAUUUGGUCCCAGAUUUUGGGUCGAGCAGCUCCAGUGAGACCGUGGGGAUGAACGAGUUGCUGGAUUUCUUCAUAAAAUCUGCCAGCCCCGUGAUCCUCCGGUGUCGAGAAAUGAUCAUGACCAUGCUACACCAGGAAGCAGAGGCAAUCAAACAGACCGCUGUGCGGCUGUAA